GUGCAAGUUUUUGUUUAAUUAUGUAGGCGCAGCAUUGCAGUCUGUUUUCUUGCGAGUUUUCCGUAUAAUUUGCUCAAUUUUUGGUUUAGUUAAGCCGAGCUCAAGUGCUGCACAACCCAAUUGCUCAAACGCGCAGCGCACAAAUCGAAAAGCACGCACUCAAAGUGGAAAAUAACGCCAGUUUAGUUGUUUUUCUGCGGGAGGACGCGGCGUUGCAACAACAGCGACGCUAUGCGACCGCAUUUCCAGCGAUAAAACGGAAAGGCGCUGCCAAACAUAACGGUUCUUGUUUGUUUUUACGACGACAUAAGCAGCAGCAGCAGGCAGCAACAACAACAACAAAGGUCUUCUUUUGGAUCCCCCGAAAUAUCAAAACCCGCACCAACAACCCACCAACGAAGCCGACGAACCCAAGCAACCACUGGCGAUGCAAUUGAAAGCGCCUAAGAGCAGAAAUAUGGCCAGUCUUAAAGAUGAGGAACAGGCGGCAACUACAAGCAACUCCACGAACAACCUCCACAACAACAACAACAACACAAAUAAUAUAAACAAUAAUAGCUACAACAACAAUAACAAAAACGAGGAUGAUCCCAAGGUUAGAAAGGAAAAUCUGGAGGCCAGGAAACAGGCUUUGGAGCAGAGACUGAGUGAAAAAAGCUGGCUGUUGCAGCAAAUUCAGAAGCAGGAAACGGCCAUUAUCAAUGGCAACUAUGAACAGAUGACAGUCAAUGAGUUUUUCGUCCAACUAGCCCAACAGUACAAACAUGAACAGCAACUCCAGGCUUUGGCCAGGGAAAACAGCUCUAUACUCAGGAGGAAACAAAGCACAACGAGCCGGGAAAGUCGAGAGAGCCAGAUGACCAAUAACAACAAUAACAAUCGUCAGUCGGAAACGCUAUCGAAUCGCAGUUCCGAAUAUGACAAUUACCAGCCCUCCUCCUCGUCGGCGGGGGCGGGCGAUAUGCUGGUGAUAGGCGUGGCCCAGCAGCAGGCGCAGCAACAGCCGCCGCUGGUGAAGAGCGCCCUGAAGAAGCGACCCACACCGACGCCCAGUCAAAUGCAAUAUAUGCGCCAGCAGCAGCAGCAUCAGCAACAACAGGCGCAUCUGGUGAUGAACAUGAACUACCAGCGAACGCAGCCGGAUGUCAUUUCGAUGUACUCGGCAAACUCCUCGAAUGUGGCCACUUUGAGGCAGCCACCGCAAGUUGCUCCCCAGCAGCAGCCAAUUAUUGUGCAGUGCGAUAAGUAUUACUUAUCGCCCACCCAUCAGAGUUACAAUGAGGGCGGCUUCAUCAAAUCAAGUCAGAACAUUAAGAAAUAUGUUUCCCCCUUGGCUUCGCCGAGCAAUCACAGCUAUGAGCAACGUAAUCCUUUGCUUCAUCAGCAGCAGCGGCAACUGGAUGCAAUAUCCUUGGCGCCCAGCUACAUUUCUGUCGAUAUGGAAGCAGCCCAGCACCAGCAGCAAUAUCGCUGGCGUUCUCAGUCACACAUAGCACCCCUAACACCUCCUCAAUUGGGUAUAAUCGAAGUUAAAUCGCAUUCCAGCGAUAUGCUGGCGGUGCCAAUGCCACCCAGUCGCUAUGCGCCGCACGAUGAGAUCUCCUUGUCCUCCUCAUCCACGACCACGAUUGAAAAGAAGCCCAAGUCCAAGCAGUGGAUGGAAUCGUCGCUCGAUGGACCGGCUGUAAUAAGGCAGAUGGACUCACAGCCGCACAGUCCGGCUGGGAGUAGUAAUGGCAGCAGUAUUACCGGAGCAGCAGCCAUGGCAACGAGCAAACCCCGCGCCAAACUCUCCUCUCAAUCGAUGUCGGUGGCUGGGCGUCACUACUCGAUGUCCAAUCAGCGGCCCGCGCAGAAUUACCCAAGUGCCAGCUAUGCAGUGAAUACCAGUUCGAAAGCUUUGCUCAGUCAAUCGACAUCGUACCUCAACGCUAUGGAGCAGACUUUGGGCAUAUCUGUGUCGUAUCCACUGGAACCGCUGGACAUACCGGCGCUACGAAAUCUACCGCCCAAGCCAAGUCAAAUGCAGCAGCCUACACCGCCGCCAAGACCGCCACCUGCCAAUCAGAAUCUGAAUCACAGUGGGAGUGGAAGUAUUGCAUCCGGACUUGCUCAUGGCAAUGCUAAUGCUAUACAAACGGCGUUGGUAUCGCCGCCUUUAACCGUGGCCACUGCCAGUUUAUCGCCGGAAAUUCGCAUCGAGUCGCCAAAGAACAUGACCGUCGUGCAGCAGGCCACUUUCCAGCCAUACAAAGAGGUGACCAAACCCUUUGAGAUGUCCGACUUCUACAAAUACUCCACCAAGUUCAAACAAAAGGAGAGCGGCAAUCCCAAUUGACCUAAAAGGUUCCAUGGGAUUUACAUCAUAUUCUCCGUUUUCCAUGUGAUUAGCUAAACUAAUUUUGUACCACAGAGAGGAAACUACAAAGAAAAAUAAGCUCAAAUUGUUGGACGCCUUUCGAAUUUCAAGUUCGUUAGCCAAAUUAUUUAGGACCAAUGACUAACUGAAUAUUAAUUAAAAACAAAAAUGCUCAGAAAAUUCUGCCAAAUUGAACACAGACUUAUGGAGAGCAAUUUAUCGAGUGACAUUUACAAUUUGUAUUGCAUUUUUUGAAAUACAAAAAAUUAAAACAGGACAAUAUUAGCCCCGCGGGGCACAGAAAUCGCCUUACGACAGGAUGCCUAGAAAAUAUGGAAAUAUUUUUAAUAGACUUUAAAGCAUUUUCUAAAGAAAAACUGACUAGCAAUUGUUAAACAGUGUAUUACAAAAUAUAUUUACACUAAUCGAAUGAUAUUUUUGUAUGAAUAUACAGAUUGGAUACUGGUAUAUUCACGGAGUUCUUUAAGACAAACUAUUGACAAGCAAUAACAAAUAGAUGUAAAUAAAUAUUUUAUAUUAAAAUGUA